AGCAGCACUGAAGAUCUGAUGGAUGAAGAUGAGAAGGACAAGGCAAAGAGGGCUUCACGCAACAAGUCAGAGAAGAAGCGGAGAGACCAGUUUAAUGUACUCAUCAAAGAGCUCAGUACCAUGCUUCCGGGAAACACUCGGAAAAUGGACAAGACCACCGUGCUGGAGCGGACCAUUGACUUCUUACAGAAACACAGUGAUGUAUCAUCCCAUACAGAAGCUAUUGACGUUAAGCAGGACUGGAAGCCUUCCUUUCUUGGAAAUGAGGAGUUUACUCAGCUUAUGUUGGAGGCACUGGAUGGAUUCAUCAUCGCUGUGAAUACAGAUGGAAAUAUUAUAUAUGUCUCUGACAGCAUCACACCUCUCUUGGGACACUUACCAUGUGAUGUCAUGGAUCAGAAUUUAUUAAAUUUUCUUCCGGAGCAAGAACAUUCAGAGAUUUACAAGCUCCUGUCCUCCCACUUGUUGGAGAAGGACUCGGUCUCUCCAGAUCAUUCAAAUGCUGAGAAUGGAUUAGAGUUCUGUUGUCAUCUCCUGCUAGGAAAUGUAAACCCAAAGGAACCACCAACGUAUGAAUACAUAAAAUUUGUAGGAAAUUUCUGCUCUUACAACAAUGUGCCUAGUUCCUCUUCCAAUGGCUUUGAUGGGGCUAUACAGAGGACAUUCAAAUCAGAUAUCGGUGAGCAAGUCUGCUAUGUGGCUACUGUUCGACUAGCAACACCUCAGUUUAUAAAGGAAAUGUGUAUAGUAGAAGAGCCCUAUGAAGAAUUCACUUCAAGACACAGUCUGGAGUGGAAAUUUUUAUUUCUUGAUCACAGGGCUCCACCAAUAAUAGGAUAUCUGCCUUUUGAAGUCCUUGGUACCUCUGGGUAUGAUUAUUACCAUGUGGAUGACCUGGAGCAGCUGGCGAGAUGCCAUGAACACCUGAUGCAGUUUGGCAAAGGCAGGUCAUGUUGCUACAGGUUUCUCACCAAAGGACAGCAGUGGAUCUGGCUGCAGACACAUUACUACAUCACCUACCAUCAGUGGAAUUCCAAACCCGAGUUCAUCGUUUGCACACACACGGUUGUAAGCUAUGCAGGUGUUCGAGCAGAGCGAAGACAGGAACUUGGUCUUGAAGACAGCCCUCCUGAAGCUGUGUCUUCUGCAUUAAAGCAGCAUGAGCCCAGCUUAAAUGCUCAGCAGCCCUUUGGCACAAUGGACUUGGCCUCUUCAAUGCUCAGUCGAAGCCGGACGUCAUCCGUCUCUUCUCAGACAUCCCGUAAAUCCUCACUGACGCCUCUCUCUGAAACAGCCUCAACACCUUCCAGACUGAUGGCCGAGUCCAGCACUCCUUCUAUUCCAAGUGUGGUUUUGGGGCAGCAGGAUCUGUCGGCUCAGAGACUACAAGCAGGCACCAGCCAGGUAACUGUAGCAGCACCAGCAUUAGACCUGAUUGCCCAGCAGUUGGUGAGUCAACAGCCUAUACCAAGUCAGCCCAUGCAGAUCGCACAGUUUGGUAUGAUCCAAGGUAUCAAAGAACAGCUUGAACAAAGAACUCGCAUCCUACAGGCCAACAUCCGAUGGCAACAAGAUGAGCUGAAUAAAAUUCAGGAGCAGCUUUGUAUCAUCAAUGACUCUAAUAUACAGAUGUUCCUGCAGCCGGCAGCGAGUUUCAGCAGCAUCCAGCAGCAGCCGCAGCUCACCCCCCAACAGCAGUCGCAGCCAAGGACAGGGCUUGUUGCUCUACAGGUUCAUGGCCCAUCACCGCUGCAGGGUCAGAUGGCACCAUCGCAGAUAACAAGCCAGCACCUAUCAUCAUCACAGCAAGGCCUGAGGGAGCCCACUGUCAUAGCCAACCAAACACAAAACCCUGUACGGAGUGCAAGCCAGUCUUCGGGCAGCUUAACCCCUCACUACAGCAAUCCCAUGAUGCUUUCCCAGCCUUCAGCAGCUACUCCACCAAUUCCAGUAUCUCGAGAUAACAAUCAGUGUCAUCUGGCACCUGACUUCACUCAUGACCGACAACUAAGAAUGCUUCUCAGCCAGCCCAUUCAGCCCAUGAUGCCCGGUUCAUGCACAGCAAGGCAACAGUUCCAGGACCUGGGACUAGCAGGCCAAGCAGCAAAGUUUCUUCAUAAUCAGAGACUACACAGUGGAGGAACCCAGGCUUCCAGUAACAGUACCCCAGUUGUAUCCACCACUGUACUGAUUGGAUCAGCAGUAAUUCACCCUGGAUUUGCAGCCACACAACCCACCCAACCUCAGCAAAUCAAAACUAUGCAGCUUCAGCCUCAACCACAGUACCUACAGCAAAUUCCUUCAAGCAGUACUCAACACAAUGAACAAUCGGACCCUCUGCACCUCCCUUCCACGUAUCAGCAGCAGCCCCAAGGCACCUUAGGGUACCACCCUCAACAACAAAGGCAGACUACUGCACAGCAAGCCAGCAGUCUCUCAGAAUCAAGCUUGCAAAAGCAGAGAUAGGCGAUUUCUGCCAAAGCGGACAAUAUAUUUUUGACUGUGUGGACAGGGCCUUUCUUUUCACAUUUGCGCACACACAAACACACAGAAAAAAAUAACUUAUUACUACUGUUUUAUUAGACUCUUAAACACUGCACAAAUUGAAAAAAAAUCAGGGAGUUUUAACAUUACAGGGCAUAUUUAACUGGCUUUUUAAAUUUACUUUUAAAUAUAAAUGCCUGUUGUAAAGCAGCAUGGUUAGGACUGGGGAUACUUUUGUUUUUGCACUACACAGCUCAGCACUUACUGAUUUAUUGAUUUCAUAGUUUUGAACCUACAUAGUCAUCUAUGUAAUGCAUAGACUUCUUUACACUGAAGACUGAACAGUUAUAGACACUAUAAUAACAAUAUUUAUUAAAAUAAUAAAAUAAUCACUUUCCUCUAAACUGAUUAAUUUUGGGGCAAAGCAUUUUCUUAUGCAGGUUAACAUAUUCCUCCUUGCUUCUCAGGUUUAUCUCAAAAUAACUAAAAUAUAUUGCUGUCCUAUGGGAGACUGAGGUACUUUGAUGCUGUUUAUUUGGUUUCUUGGACAAUCAAAAUCAGUAACUCCAUUUUCUUUCACAAAAUAGUGUGCAUGCUAUAAAAUUAUUUUGUAAGCUACUUAAGUGUCUAUCUAAUACCAUGUAGAUUUCCAAUAAGUGUAGGUAAUACAUUUAUUACGUUUAAAUUAUUUGUACAUUGUAAGAACCACCAGCAGGGGCAGUGGAGGGCUAGCCAUUGCCAUUAAUAUAAUUUUUGGUCUUUUUUGAAUAAAUAUUGGCUGUGGUACUUGAGGAGACACCCACUAGGCCAGAUAUUUGAGAGAUGUCUUGUUCAUUUCAUGGGGACUAGUCAAGCAUAUGUUCCACACUCAGGGAAUUCUAAACUGUUAAAAGGAAAGAAAGAACAGUUUGCUUGGAGUUGUGGAAGAGCAUUGUUUCUGAUAAUAGUUUAUAUAUUAUUAGGCAAGUCUGUAGGCCUUGCACUAGUAGCCUGUAGUCAUUCUUUAUUGAACUGUAAAAUUGUAAACAUGUGCCUACAUCCCCCAAGAUUCACAGAAUUUUAGCACAAUAAGGGUAAGUGAUUUGAGGAAAGGCUUAACUGUGGCAGAAUGUGACCAUUCAAGUCAUCCAAUAACUUAAACAAAAGUAAAACAGCAUUGAACAAUAAAAGGUUUUGAAAUAAUGUCAUAUCCAAAUGUUCCCAUCCUAACCUCUGGUCAGGUCACAAAUCAUGCACCCCUAUACAGUCAUUAAUGGCUUCCUUUCUUAGUUACACACGGUCAAGAUUUGCAGGUCAUAUGGUAUCCGCUUUAAAUUCUGAAAUUUAUAACACAACAAAAAUGAAUGAAUUACAAAUGGACACAUUUGAUUUUUAACAUUACAAUGUAUAACAUUUUCAGUUAAAUUAAUUUUUAUUUAAAACUUUUUUUUAUUUAAAACAGGGCAUAUUUAUGCUAUGGAGUGUGCCACUGUAUCACUUUUCUUGCAGAAUGGGUUUAAGUCCUGCCCAGUCGCUUUUUGGUGGAGUUUGCAUUCUGACUGGUUGAAUGUUUCUUUCUCUGGGUAUUUCUGCCUCUCCCCCAUCUCUCAUUCAUUUCCUUUUGAUCCACAACUAAAAAAUGGCCCUGUAUAAGUAAGCAUUGGUGUGUGCCUUGUAAUGGACACUGGUGUCCAAACUUUAGAUGUUUUCUGUCUUGCACCCUGCAGGUUCUAGCACCCUGUGAACCUGCCAAGGAACGAAUUGGUUCAGAAGACACUGUAGGUAGAUAGAUCAUUUACAACAUGCACGUUUGAUUUUACUUAUUUUUUAGUUUGCCUACUUUUAUUACGAUAGCACAACUGUGCAGUGAUAGCACAGCUGCCUAGGAAUAAAGAAACCAGGGUACAAGUCCUUGAUGCUCACUAAGAGGAGUUUGCAUGUUCUCCCUUUGCAUUUGUGGCUUCCCUCCAGUCCAAAGAUAUGAAGAUAAGGAAUAUAGUGGCAAUGCUAAAAUGGCCUGUGUAUGUGUGUUCACCCAGUGAUAGACUUAGCACCCUGUUCAGGGACUGUCCCUGCCUUGCACCCAGUGCUUACUGGGAUAGGCUCUAGUGUCCCCAGACUCUAAUCCGAAUAAGCAGGUUUAGAAUAUGGAUGAAUAAGCUAUUAAGAUUUUAUAUGCUGUUUUUUUUUCUUCAAAAAUAAUUUUGCUGAUCCUGUCCAAAUUAUUAAAAUGUUGUUUUUUAUUUUACUUCAAAAUUAAUUUAUAGAAAUAUGACAUUAACAUACAUGUAUCUACAUACAGGUGGCACAGUGGUUAAUACUGCUGGCUCACAGAUCCAGCAUCCUACAUUUAAAUCCCACAACUAGUUAUUGCCUGCUGUAUGUAGAGUAUCUGCUUUCUCUUUGUGUCUGCAUUGGUGCCAAAACCCAACAAACUCAAAUGAAUGAAGGAAUUCAUUUUUUCAUUGGCAGGUUCAAAUUGACCUCUGUGUGAAUGGGCUCUACAGUAUACUGGUGCCGGUUCAAGAAAGCUCUCUGCUAUGCACCCAGUGCUGCAGGGACAGGCUCUUUUCCUUCACAACUCGGAAAUGGACUAAGCGGGUUUCAGAAUGUUACAUGUAUUGUUUUCAUAUACUGUAUUGUACAGUUGUGCUUGAAAGU